GAUGGCGCUUGAAAGGGAGAGAGAGCGGGAGAGAGAGGAGCAGAGACUAUGCGAAGAGAAGGCUAGACUGAGAGAGAGGGAGAGAGAACGAGAGAAGGAGAUUGAGCUGGCGAGGGAAUGUGAGAGGGAGAUAGAGAGACAAGGAGAGAGGGAGAGAGAGUCACUCAGUACAGCUCGGGACCUCUACAACACUCGGAAUCAGCCCCAGGCAUACCAGAAGAACCAGCCCCACUCCUGCCCCCAUCUCCAAGCUCAGAUAGAGGCCCCUCAUUCAGCCUUCCACCCUGUCAAAACCCCUCUCCUCCAGGGCAACCAGGCUCCACAUCAGGGGUACCUACCAUAUGGCUACACACCAACAGAGGAGUAUCCUGUCCCAUCCCAGCCGUUACCGCGGGAACAAACACAAAUCAACAGGAAGUUCAGCCUGACCGAGAGGACGGGUAGCCUGUUCCCAUCAGAGAGGUCUUCAAUGUAGUGCUCUGUCA